AUGCCUGAAUCAGUCAAGAGCAAGUGGAAACAGCACACGAAUCGGCUUUUGGCUAAAUACACAAACUACACAUUCAAGAUCCAAGCCAGUAUGCUCGAAGUUAACGAUCUUGAGAAUAAAUAUUCCUUUGCGUCAAGAAACGAUUGUCAGCAUGCAGAUACAAUAGCAGAAGCGUCAGUUAUUGCAAAAACCCGUGCACGAUUGAAAGAGCUUGAGCAAGAUACUUCAACACCGGGACUCUCAAUGUCUCCUGAACAAGACGAGCGCAUGAUUGAAAUUUCUCAAAGUCAAUAUGUGAUCAAAAUAAAGGAAAUGGAAAACCGUCUGACUAUAAGCUGGGAGAAUAAUCAAAAAGUUGAAGCGUUGCGUGUUGCAAUUAAGUGCAUCAAGCUGCUAGCGGACACAAACAUAGCACCUCAGUUUCGUAUCCGCUCACAAGCUUCGGAGGAUGAAAAUGGUCAACCUUUGCUUGAGUCACUCAAGGAUAACUUCAUGAGCUCCGAUAUCAAUAUUCAAGCCAAAGAAACAUGUCGAAACUGGUUUUAUAAAACGGCGUGCAUUCGAGAGCUUCUGCCACGAAUUUACAUUGAAAUCUCUUUGCUCCGUUGCUACCGAUUUCUGUGUGAUGGCGAAUAUCCUCAGAUCAUAGCCCGGUUGUCGAAUAUGAUCAAGGGAGUUGGAGAUCCAAUGGUAGCAUUGUAUACGCGUCUGUACCUAGCAUUAACAAGCUCCGAACUUCUAGAAACGACGUCUUUCACCGAGCUGACAUCUAUCUUAAAUAGCAGCCUGCUCGACUACUUUUACGCCUUCAACUGGUUCCGCCACGAAAGGCUACAGAAUUGGCUUCUGACUAGUAAAAUGAAGUAUGACGAUUAUCUAGCGCUGCAUUCCCCUGCUAUUGAGUGGUUAUUUAGAUGUGCUGCACCAGGAGCCACCCAGGAGACAUUUGACUCGCUGGUUCUGCAUUAUCAAGAAUACUCUAACAGCUCAAUGAUACUCAAGCAUUUGUGCGAGUGUUUCGGUGGUCAGUUUUAUGCGUCAAUACCUGGUGAGAUGCUUGAGCUCAUUUGCGCUGCUUCUCCAUCUCAAGUGUCCAAGUGUCAUCUUUGCAGCCUUGUAGCAGUGCAACUUAGUAAUGUAGCCGUUAUUGCAAGCAAUGAACCAAGUGGAAAAUUGCAAUUUCUGAACGAUUCGUGGUCCUUUGUCAUGUCUCAAGACGACACCUCGCAGUAUAUGGAAUGUGCAGCAGCUUUUAUGAAGCUCAUUGUUGUUCACUUUUCGCAUCGUGAGGCACUAAUCCUUUUAGAAGACGUUGUUCGUCACUUAAAUGCUGCAACUAUCGACGCAUUGACGGCAAAGACUUACAAUUUUUUGGGUACAUUCAUUGAAAACGUAGUGUACGGUGCUAAGGUGCAUUUCGAGUAUUUCGACAUGUUGAUACCAUCAACUUCAUUUUUAACUCUCAUGGAUAUGUUUAAACGAGAUUCAAGUGUAGAUGUUGCAAAAAAAGUAUUGCGAGCGUUUGUAAGCGGUAGUAUGAGGUCGUCAUCGACCACGUCGGGUACCUUGCGACUCCAUGUCGUCGGUCCGGAAGCUGCACUAGCCCACACCCUCUUGGUCGUCUGUUGCCGCGUUCAUGACGCGCUGUCUUCACUCAGUACAGUGUCUCAGCGUGACGAAGCAACUCGCGAUAUCUCGGCAUUUAUCACGCGCCUUGGAUACGUGAAGUCCACGACAGCAAGUGAACGAGCCCAAGAUGAAGAAAUGGACGCAUUAUUGAUGUUGUACACAGAUUGUCGUCAGGUUUUCUUUAAGCUGGAACAAAUCACAAGACUUUUGUCCAGUUUGGUACUUCGACUGGCGAUGCACGCUUACAAACGAUUAGACACUGGUGGUCAUCACAAGACGAGUGGUCAUUUACGAAGAAAUUUCAUUCGAUCGUGCUUAGCGUUUGCACACAUCACGAUUCCUUCGAUUGAAUCCCCGAUUGAGAAGUUAGAGCUGCUGGUUUUAGCUGCAAAUAUCGCUCAAAUGACCAACUGUAUCAUGCAAAUGGAUGCGUUAUUAAAACUUUCGAUCGUUUUGGUCGCGGAGCUUGACAUGGGCGCUCUAAUGAUUAGUGACAACAAUGAAAAGCCUACACAUAGUCGUGCUUCUUCCGAAGACGUUAAGGUCGACUGCAAUGUGAUCGACCACACUAUGCGAAUUAUUGCAAAUUUAAUGAGUGUGCUCGUAUACGCUCCAUCAUUACAUGAUGAAGACGCCUUUUAUUUUGUUACAGCUCUUCACAAAGCUGUGAUGGAGCGCCAGACGUGGAAUUCGUCGUUAUCGUAUCGUCUACAUACCAAUAUCGCCCGGGUGCGUGUGCGACUUAUGUUUGUACAAUUGUAUGCUUUAUGGGGACAGGAAUCGCUGCCUUGCUGUUUUAAUGAAGUGGUCUCAAAUGAUGUAUUGUACGGCGGGGACAAUAAAUUUAGCAACGAAGUACAAAAACGAUUUAGCUCAAGUAUCGAGACAGUGACAGAAGAAAUUACGGCAUUAAGCGACGGUCUAGACAUAGCUGCAGUAGCAGCGCAGGUCGAACUUAUGCUCGACUUUGUCAAUUUAGUAUUGCCUGUGCUAAAUUACGAUAAAACUCAAAGCACCGGAGCAAGUGAUAGCAGCCCAAAGCAACCCAAGUCGCGCUCUGGUUUUGCGCUAAUUCGUAAGUGCAUGAUUUACACUUAUGAAAAACUGCAGUCGCUCAAGCUGGCCACCCCCACAGAGAUUAAAAGGCAUUACUUCAAUAACACGCGCGACUACGUCAUUGAUUUCAUGCAGGAAAUGUUCAAGCGCUCUGAUGAGUUGAAGCUGGAAACGCAGGCCAUUCAAAGACUUCUUGAUGUGCUAGGUACACUAGCACUUGAGUGA